AUGGCGGAAUGGAGCCCGAGCUCUUGGACACACAAGCCCAUCAAGCAAGAUGUGAUCUAUGAAGAUCAACAAGGGCUGAAGGACUCCCUUCAAAAAUUGCAGACGCUGCCUCCUCUUGUUACAACACAAGAGAUCAACAACCUCAAGAAUAAUCUACGCAAUGUCGCUUUAGGCAAAGCAUUUGUUCUGCAGGGUGGCGAUUGUGCAGAGCUCUUUGACUACUGCAACCAGGAAAUGAUCGAAGCCAAGGUCAAGCUGCUGUUGCAAAUGAGUUUAGUUCUUAUUUGGGGCGCCAACAAGCCCGUCAUCCGUAUUGCUCGGAUUGCAGGCCAAUUCGCCAAACCACGCUCAAGUCCAACAGAAGUGAUCAAUGGAGUCGAAAUGCCCUCCUUCCGAGGUGACAACAUCAACGGCUUCGCUGCAGACCCACAAAGCCGCCAACCAGACCCAUCCCGUCUAGUCUCGGCCUACUUCCACUCCGCAGCAACCCUCAACUAUCUCCGCGCCUCCCUCUCCUCAGGCCUAGCAGAUCUCCACUCCCCCCUAGACUGGGGCCUUGGCCAUGUAAUCACACCCUCAAUCAAAGAGCAAUACACCAAAACCGUAAGCGCAGUCAAAGACGCCCUCCGCUUCAUGCGCACAGUCGGAAUCGACAAAGACCGCGGUGUUGAAACAGCAGACAUCUUCAUCAGCCACGAAGGCCUCUCCCUGGAAUACGAACAGAGCCUCACCCGCCUCCUCCGCCACCCCGCUUAUCCCGGCGCCAGCACGCAGCCGGAAACAGGCUACUACGCGACGUCUGGCCAUUUCCUCUGGAUCGGGGACCGGACGCGCCAGCUCGAUGGCGCGCACGUCGAGUUCUUCCGCGGGAUCGCGAACCCCGUCGGUAUCAAGAUCGGGCCUAGCAUGGCGCCGGAUGAGCUGGUGCAGUUGUUGAAUGUCGUGAAUCCGGACCGCGAGGUCGGGAAAGUGACGCUCAUUUCGCGUUACGGUGCUGCGAAAAUCGCGGAUUUCUUGCCAGGGCAUAUUGCUGCUGUGCAGGCUUCGGGUCAUCUUCCUGUUUGGCAGUGUGACCCCAUGCACGGUAACACGCAGAGUACGCCGUCUGGGGUGAAGACGCGCCAUUUCACGGAUAUUCUGUCCGAGUUGAAGCAGGCGUUGGAGAUUCAUCGUGCUGCUGGGUCUUUCCUUGGUGGUAUGCAUCUUGAGCUUACUGGGGAGGCUGUCACAGAAUGUGUGGGUGGCGCAGGUGGGUUGACGGCGGAUGGGCUUGGGGAACGGUAUACGACAUUCUGCGACCCGCGGCUGAAUGAGAAGCAGGCUUUGGAGUUGGCUUUCCUGGUUGCUGGGUUCUACCGGGAGGAAUCCAAUGAGUGA